AUGGACGCCCCUACGAUCCAGCCCAGGUUCCUCUCCAAGCCGGAGGAGCUGGGUCUUGUCGCUGUGGGCUUCUCAGGCGGCCAAGUGAGUCGAGAUACCACUGCCAUCGCACACCACAAGAGAAGAAGAAGCUAAUGCCGUCUCUCGCAGUGCAAACCCGGCACAGAUGCCGCGCCCAUGGCCCUCAUCGAGUCGGGCCUGGUGUCCCAACUGACCAAUGACCUGAAAUACACCGUGAAAUACGAUGGCAUCGUCCAUAAUUACACCGAACUCAUGCCCCAAUCCGACCCCGACCACCGCAACAUGAAGAACCCCCGUGCAGUCUCUGCCGUCACCAAGCAACUCAGCAGUCAAGUCUACUCGCACGCCAAAGAGGGCCGCUUUGUCCUCACGCUAGGAGGAGACCACAGCAUCGCCAUCGGCACCAUCAGCGGAACAGCCAAGGCAACGCGCGAGCGUUUGGGACGCGACAUUGCGGUAAUAUGGGUUGACGCACACGCCGACAUCAACACACCCGAGACCAGCGACAGCGGCAACAUCCACGGUAUGCCCGUCUCCUUCCUCACGGGACUCGCGUCCGACAGCCCCGACCAGCCCUUCGGCUGGCUCCAAGCCGAUCAGAAGCUCUCCACCAGCAAACUCGUCUACAUUGGCUUGAGAGACGUCGACCGCGGGGAGAAGAAGAUUCUCAAAGAGAACAACAUCAAAGCGUUCAGCAUGCAUGACAUCGAUCGACACGGAAUUGGCAAGGUGAUGGAUAUGGCUCUGGGGUGGAUCGGAGCGGAUACGCCAAUACAUCUUUCUUUCGAUGUCGAUGCGCUGGAUCCACAGUGGGCUCCUAGUACGGGCACACCGGUCCGGGGUGGGUUGACGUUGAGGGAGGGGGAUUUCAUUGCCGAGUGCGUGCAUGAGACGGGCAGCUUGGUUGCGUUGGAUCUUGUCGAGGUGAAUCCGAGUCUGGAGGAGCACGGGGCGCAGGAGACGGUGAGAGCGGGCUGCUCGAUUGUGAGGUGCGCGUUGGGAGAUACGUUGUUGUGA